GCCAUGUAUAUCCUUAGAAGACUUUCAAUGGCUUUUCAUCUACCAACCAGUCUACAUGUGGUUCAUUUUUGUCUUGGGAUUUAUAGAAAAUGCAUUUGUCAUUUCAGUCUUUUUGCUUCAUAAAAGUCGCUGCACUGUGGCUGAGAUCUAUCUGGGGAACAUGGCAGCCGCAGAUUUGGUUUUCAUCUCUGGCCUACCCUUCUGGGCUAUUUACAUUGCUAAAGGAUUCUACUGGCAGUUUGGCGAUUUCCUAUGUGUAGCUGUGAACUCGUUGAUCAUGUUAAACCUCUUUGCCAGCGUCUACUUCUUAAUGAUGGUCAGCAUCGAUCGAUAUUUGGCUCUAGUGAAGACCAUGUCCGUCGGUCGGAUGAGAAGACCUUGGUGGGCCAAAGUGACCUGCGCCAUCAUUUGGACCUUUGCGGCAGUAGUGAGCUUGCCCAAAUUUAUUUUCCGAAAAGUCACCUUCGUCCCAGAGCUCAACACCACCGCAUGUAUCAUAGACGCCCCAUCAGACACAUGGCAUGUUGUAAACAAUAUCAUCUUAAAUGUUGUUGGUUUCUUGAUACCUGUGAUAGUCAUCGGAUUCUGCUCCUUCCAAAUUGUAAGCGUCCUGAGGAAUAACACCAUGCAAAAAUUUAAGGAAAUCAAAAAUGAAAAGAGAGCCACGUGGUUGGUUUUAUCCGUGCUGCUGGUGUUUAUAGUCUGUUGGCUCCCAUUCCACAUUUCCGCUUUCAUAGACACGUUGGAUCAAUUUAAGGUCUUCCCUCGCUGCGUUGUAAGCCAACCUAAUGAAAUCUUCAACCAGAUAUCAACCUACAUCGGCUUCAGUAACAGCUGCAUCAAUCCGCUCCUGUAUGUAAUAGUCGGGAACAAUUUUAGAAGGAAAGCGAAGGAGGUCUACAGGGCGCUGAUUCCCAGAAAGUUCAGGCAGAGGGGCGCCUCCAUACAAACAAAUUAUUCAAUGGAGACAACACAAUCUUCCAUGUACUUGGAUUGCCAGAAAAAAAAGUCCAUCUCUUGAGUAUGCCAA